GACAGACAGAGAGAGUGUGCAAAUUUGACGAUGGUCUUCUUCUUCUUCUCGUCUGAAUGAAUAAUAUGUUAUGGCGGGAACUCACAAAUAUAUCAAAUCAACUCAAAAAACACUUUCUCUAUUAAACCAGCAAUAUCUUUCAACUUCCCAAAUCAACCAAAUUCACGCACAUCUCAUCAUCUCCGGCUCCAUCUCCGAUCCAUUCGCCGCCGGAAAGUUAUUAUUAUCACACAUAGCAUCCAACCCCACCAAUCUCCAACACACUUACACUAUUUUCCAAUCAAUACCACACCGUUCAACUUACAUAUGGAACACCAUGAUUAAAGCAUGCACCGAACAGGGUGACUCCCAAAAAGCCUUUCAUCUGUUCAAACACAUGUUCGGUUCCGGUUUCCUGCCCACUAAUUACACGUUCUCGUUUGUUCUUAGAGCCUGUGCUGAUGUUGGUGAGCUUAAUUUGGGGUUAGAGUGUCAUGAUUUAGCGGUUAAGUUAGGGUGGGAAAGUUAUGAUUUUGUGCAAAAUGGGUUGGUUCAUUUGUACGCUGUUUGUGGGUGUUUGGAUUGGUGUCGUAGGUUGUUUGAUUCGAGUUUGAAUAAGGAUGUUGUUACGUGGACUGCGGUGGUUAAUGGGUAUGUUAGAUUGGGGGAAGUUGAGGUUGCACGCCAACUGUUUGAUGAAAUGCCUAAGAAGAAUAAUGUGUCUUGGAGUGUUAUGAUUAAUGGGUAUGUGCAAGUUGGGUUGUUUAAAGAGGCUCUUGAUGUUUUUAAUGAUAUGUUGUGUAACGGGUUUCAGCCGAAUCAUUCGAGUAUUGUGGUUGCGUUAUCCGCGUGUGGGUUUCUCGGUGCGUUGGAUCAGGGUCGAUGGAUUCACGCGUAUAUGGAUAAGAAGAAGAUGGAGUUGGAUGGAGUUUUAGGAACAGCGCUUGUUGAUAUGUACGCAAAGUGUGGGUGUAUUGAGUUAGCUUAUCGUGUGUUCGAACAGAUGCCGUGUAGAGAUGUCUUUGCUUUUACAUCGUUGAUUUCGGGUAUGGCUAAUCAUGGAGAAAGUGCCCGCGCAAUCGCGUUGCUUUCGAGGAUGGAAACAGAAGGGGUUAAACCGAACGAGAUUACAUUCAUUUGCGUUCUAAACGCCUGCAGUCGAAUGGGGUUAGUUAAAGAAGGUGUAAGAGUUUUCGAAAGCAUGACGGAUGUUCAUGGGAUUAAACCAACUGUCAAACACUACGGUUGUUUGGUGGAUCUUCUUGGCGGUGCUGGAAUGCUAGAACAAGCGAAGAAAGUGGUGGCUGAAAUGCCCAUGGAACCUGAUUCGUACGUGUUGGGUGCGCUAUUAAACGCUUGCAGGGUUCAUGGCAAUGUGGAACUGGGUUUGGAAACGGUUGAGGGUUUGGUGGAAAGGGGUCUUGAUCGUAGCGGGGUUCAUGUUCUUCUAUCAAAUAUUUACGCGUCGGUUAACCAAUGGGGUUAUGUGGAAAAUGUGAGGAAGAGGAUGGAGGAUAAGCAAGUGAAAAAGGAUCCUGGGUGCAGUUUGAUAGAAGUGGAUGGUGUUGUGAGUGAAUUUGUUGCUGGAAACAAGUUGAUUACCGAGGAGUUUGAAUCGUUGUUAUCAGGAAUUGAUAAGCACUCGAGAUCCUAUUGGAUCGAUGAUUAUAUAACGUGUGGAUCAUAAGAGUGGACGGAGUCCAACACGCAAAGCCAGUGGAGAAACCGCCCACCUUAGCAAAAUCAGGGGACUCACAGGAAGAAGUACCCGAUGGUGAAGAAGGCUAUGCGUGAGGGUGGGGGGGGGGGUCA